CGCCGGCUAAAUGCACUGCUCAAUCAAAAUGCCGAAUACCUACAGUCCUUGCUGCUGGACCGGUUCAGUGACGAGUGGGAGGUUGACCCGAAGGACCUCACCUACGAUGUGGACGGGGCCAUCGGUCAGGGCAGUUUCGGCAUGGUCUUCCGUGGCCGUCUCACUCGGCUCACAACUCCUGCCGCGGAGUACCUGCAGCUUCCAUUGGCCGGCGCUGGUGGACCAGUCCUCUCGCCUGGUUCAACCCUGGAGGAUGUCCGCGAGUUUCUCAGUGAGGCCUCCCAUAUGAAACAAUUCAGUUGCAACCACAUCGUUCUCCUACGGCGUCAGCCCAUCGUCAUCAUGGAGUUGAUGGAACACGGGGACUUAGCCACUUAUCUUCGCCAACGCAUGGCUCAGGAUGACUACUCCGAGGGCUGCAUUGCUCCGGAACUGGCAAUCAAGUGGGCAGCAGAGAUCGCCGACGGCAUGGCCUACCUCUCCUUCAAGGGUUUUGUCCACCGCGACCUGGCCGCGAGAAAUUGUCUCGUCGGCUCUGCUUUAACCGUCAAAAUUGGCGACUUUGGUCUCACUCGCGACAUCUCUGACAACCAUUACUAUCGUAAGCAAGGUCGUGCGCGUCUUCCUGUGCGGUGGAUGGCACCGGAAGCCCUGCUUGAGGCCUACUUCACUUCCAAGUCGGAUGUGUGGGAGGCAGACUUUAAAAGCAGCCAUCUCUCUUGCCGUGUGGCAUGCCUACCAGUUUCCAAAUGGCAAGACAUUUGUCAAGAACGCUUGAGCGUCCUAACUGAGAAGAUUGAGACUAUGCCUUCAACAACUUCUCACUCUAACCCCACCCUAACUAGUUUUCAUGAUUUCCCGGCCUCACACUCUUUCCAGAGGAUACCGAGUUCUCAUCGGUUGAUAGCCUUAGAAGCCAUGGCUGUUGGUCUGGCCGGCGCGAGGCCAACAGAGGAAGAGGCCGUGAAAACGUCUUACGGCGUCGUACUGUGGGAGAUAGCCACUUUCGCGGCUCUUCCCUUCUCCGGUCUUUCCCACGAGGAGGUCAUCUCGCUUGUCACCAGUGGAGGUCAUCUCGGCAAGCAGGGCUGGCCACCAAGAUUUCCACCAGUUCUAAAUCUCUCAAUGCUGCACGCGCACCCUUGGAGUGGUGGUGGUGGUGUCGUGGUCGUGACUGAGGCUCAUGAAAAUAAUCAUGGAGACUUUUUUCGCAGGUCUGCACCGAUCGUCGACUCCCAUUGGUGCCUCUUUGAUGUUCCUAAUCUCAGAACGAAUGUUUCGACGGCCAAGUACUCUCUGAAAUCUAUCUUCGGCUGGGAAUUCAUUGCUGCCAGCCCAUGA